UCGUAUUAGCCGUUCGCGGUCACACUACUGCAUUUAUUUUAAAUGUAUAAGCAACAUUUACAAAAACAACAUCGAGCGGGUUGGACGCGCUGAAACGUUGGCGGAUAAAAACACCGUUUAAUUAUUUUACAAUUACGACUUUGUUAUUUGUUUACAAACAAAGCUAAGCAUAACGUAAAAAAAUAACAAAUUAUGUUUAACGCGAGUGUUUUACAGGUGUAAUGCAAUAAAUUGCAACGGUUUCCCCCAAAAGUUCGUGUAUGUAUGUAUAUAAUUGAAUAUGCAUGUGUUUGUUUUCGAGCAAGGAGUAGCAAACCAAACAAAUAGCAAUUAAUUGUUAUAUUCAAAAUAAACAACAAAAAAAGUGCAAUAUCCCUAAUCAAUUAUAUGAAAACCAUAAAACUAUCGCGAUUUGAGUGCGUGUAAAAAAAAAAACGAGAAAAAAAUCAUUUUUGGAAAGCCGCAGAAGGCAGCCAAGAAGCAGAACGGCCAGCAACGACGCAGCAGCAGCAGCAGCGCGUUCUGCAAGUGUAUUAGUGUUAAAGGCACACAGUGUACACGCGUUUAUACAUACGUGCAUAUGUAUAUAUAGCAGAUAAAUAAGCAAGCGUAUAUAUAUAUAUAUAUAUAUUAUAUAUGUAUGUACAAGCGGGCGUGCAAGUAAAUAAGGCAAAUUAGCAAACGCAAUUACAAAAAAAGUGAAAUUUCUCAAAAGCACAGAAAUUAUACAAUUUUUGUGCACUUCCUCCGUGUGGUUGAGUGUGUGUGUGUGUGUGUGUGUGUGUGUGUAUGUGCGAGCGCUUGGAAAAUUAGCAUAAAUUCCAAGAGGCUGGACGCCAGCGUCGCAGUAGCAGCAGCGCCCACAACUACAACAACAACGAGCAGCUUAACGGAUUUUCUACUCAUUUUUGCUCUUUGCGCGUUAGGUCAAGAUACGACAUCACGACGACGCGACGCGCGAAAAUGGCCAAAAUGGAGGUCGACGAUGUGGUCGACUUGAGUCUGAGUUCUGGCCGUGAUCCGGCGCUAACCAUAACACCGGCUCCGGCAACGGCAACGGCGCCGGCACUCAGCAGCCGCGAUCUGCGCGCCUUAACAGCCAACAAUACGGGGCUGACCAUAACGCCAGCUCCGGGACCCACAACGGCAACAGCGGCUGCCGCCACGGGCAACAGCAGCGACAGCAGCAACGUCGCCAACAACAACAACAGCAACAACAACAACACAAACAACAACAGCAACAACAACAACAGCGAUGUCGCGUUAACAGGCAGCGGCAAUGGCAGCGGCAGCGGGAGCGGGAGCGGGAGCAGCGCCCAGGAUGAGAAUAAAGUACAACGCCGCGUACUGCGGCCACGCACCGAACCCAAAUCGUAUGCGGAGGCGCCGGAUAUUGUGCUGCUCCCGGCACGAACGAAUGGCAGGCAGCAGAACGGCAACAUCGAUUCGGAGACGGACGAUGAGGAGAUGCCGCCGUAUGUGCCCAUCAAGGAGCUGACGCACGCCGAGCUCAAGGAGCGUGAGAAGAGUUUGCGCAAACUGCGUCAGGAUUUGCGCAACGAGGAGACCAAACUGAUGCUCCUCAAGAAACUGAAGCAGUCGCAGCAGGUCAUGAAAGAGAAUCUGGUCGUAACGCCCACCAGUGUCUCGCCCAAUAAUCCGCUGGCGGCGAUACCCAGCGCCCUCACAGCGAAGGGUUCGCUCAGUGUAACGCCCACGUCGGCCUUGCCCAUGCCCGCCCACAGCAAAGGGCGGAGCAGUUUGGGUGGCGGUGCGGCUGCCGUUAGCAUAAGCGCCAGCAACAGCCGCAACAUGAGCUCGUCGGCAGCGACGGCAGCCGCUGUGGCCGCAGCCGCAGCAGCGCUCUCCGGCACCGGAUCGCAGCGCGGCAACAGCGGCAUCAUCUCUGGCAGCGGCAGCGGCAGCAACAACUCGAUACUCCCGCCACCUAGAUCCUCGCUGGCCGCGGGCACGACGCUGGCCGCCGGAACGACAAUAACGCCUGCCACGAACAGUUCGCAUAGGUCGAGCGUGCUGCCGCCGCGCACAAAUCUACCGAAUCUCACGAUAACGCCCUCGGUGACCAUAACGCCAACGUCGGCGCCGCCUUCCAGCCUGAAAGCACGCAAUCCUAAUAUUUCGGAUAAUUCGAAGGUACCUGGGACCAUUAGCAAUUCCGUAUCCAUAACGCCGGCGCCACCGCUUCAACAAACGCAUCAGAGUCAGCUUAACGAUUUAAAGAAUGAACGCGGCGCAACUCGCGAGGAGACACAGACGCCCGCCCAGCGUCAGGCUGCCGCCAAAAUGGCACUGCGCAAGCAGCUGGAAAAGACUUUGCUACAGAUACCGCCACCAAAGCCGCCACCACCAGAAAUGCACUUUAUACCGAAUCCGAGCAACACGGACUUUGUCUAUCUGCUUGGUCUGGAGACAGUCGUCGAUUAUUUGACAGUCAAUAAGAAAGCGAACGCCGUGGCAGCGCCCUUCCGUUGUGCCCAGUGCAAGAUCGACUUCACGCCCGUCUGGAAGUGGGAGAAACAGACCAAUAAGGAGGCCAAGGUCAUAUGUGAGCAGUGCGUGACGUCAAAUGUGAAGAAGGCUCUGAAGGCGGAGCACACGAAUCGACUGAAGCAGGCGUUUGUCAAGGCGCUGCAGCAGGAGCAGGAGAUCGAACAGCGUCUGGCCAGCCAGAGCAGUCCGUCGCCCGUCGAGGCGCACGCCGCCUCGAACAAUGCCACCAGUGUUGCACUAUCCGCCGUCAACAGCGUCUCCUCCGCUCAUCAGCAUCAGCAUCAACAUCAGCAUCAGCAGGCGCUGCAGCGCGAACGGGAACGAGAGCAGCGCGAACAGCUGCAGGCGUCGCAUGCCUCGGCGGCUGCUGCUUUGGUCAAUUUGCCGCCAUCGGUGACUGUUAUACCAACCAAAUGCCAGACACCGACACCAGCGCCACGCCCGACGCCACCACCGCCAGCCACACAAAGCCAGCCCACCCCGCCGCCGCCGCUGCCGACGUCGAGCACACCACGUUCCUCGCGUGCCGCUGCCACAGCGGCAGCAGCGGCCAUUGCGGCACAGCAGGCGGGCAUACUUAGUCCGGGACCAGCGGCAGCGCAUCACCACGAGGCCAGCAGCUCGGCGACUGGUCGCUCCUCGCGCGCCGAACGCGAUCAUCACCACCAUCAACAGCAGCAGCAGCAACAGCAACAACAACAGCAACAACAGCAACAACAGCAGCACCAACAGCACCAACAGCAGCAGCAGCAGCAGCAACAGCAGCGGGAACAGCAGCGCGAGCAGCAGCAGCAGGCACAGCAGCAGGCUCAGAGCUAUGACAAAUAUUCGGCGGCAACGCUGGCAGCGGCAGCGCAUCUCAGUGCGCUGGGCGGCAUGGGCGGCCUGAAUAUCAACAAUCUGGCCAGUUUGGGUAAUCUCAAUCAGCUGGGCAAUCUGGCGGCACUUGGCGGAUUGGGCAACUUUGGCGGCGCCUCGACGGCAGCCAACAAUCCGGCGGCUGCCCUGGGCAAUGCCUCGCCAGCUGCGGCCAUGCAGGCCUUUCAGCAGCAGCUCUUCAGAGCACUCGGCCAGGGCCUGGGCGGCAAUCCGCAGCACAUGAUGCAAUUCGCGCCACUUCUCUACACCUACCAAAUGGCCAUGGCGCAGGCGGCCCAAGUGGCAGCUUUCAACAACAACAACAAGAAGAGCAGCUCAGCGUCCAGCUCAUCAAAGAACUCGAGCAAUGCGACCAGCUUGGCGGACAUACAGCGGGCGGCGGAGCUACAGCGUCAAUAUCUGCUGGAGAUGAUACCGCCACAGCAGCCGAGUGGACCCAGCGGUAGUCGCCAGAACAAUUGGAAGGCCUAAGCACGAGGCUCUAUACAUGAACAGCAACAGCAACAGGAACUGGAACUGCAACUGCAACAACAACAAUUGCAACAACUAUAACUUACUAACUUUAUAAUUUUCUUGAUUAGGUAAUUUUAUAAUUUACGCAAGCAAACAUAAUGUGUACACGUAAAUUGAUUGAUUCUAUUUGUAAACAAUAAUUAUUACAUAAUUAAUUAUACAUAAUUAUACACAAAGAAAGUAACAAAAACUCGUCGGCAACGUUAA